GUCUGGAAUCGAACCUGGGACCCUUCAGUCGGCAGGCUGACGCUCUACCCACUGAGCCAAACCUGUUAGGGCUCAACCUUGUUUUUUAAAUGUAAACCUUUGGAGGAUUUGCAAGAAUGGCUCAGUGAACGCCUGUGAACUUUUUGCCUGGAUCACUAUUUGUUAGAAUUACCCAUAUUUUAGCUGCACCAUUUGAAAAGUGUAGGCCUGUUGACAUGCCGUUCUUCGGAAUAAGGGCUUUCUUAACCAAAACAACCAUUGCACAGAAACUGGACAUUGAUUCAGUAUUAUUUUUAAAUGUUCACUGUACGGUCAAGUUGAUCGUUAUUUCAGUAAUACCCUGUAGUUUUAAAAGCCAGUUUUCACGGAAGCCUUGUGCAUCUAGUUGUUUGGCCUCCUUGGUCUAGAACAGUCUCAGGCCUUUGUCAUUCACGACAGUGGCCCUCUGAAGAGGACACCCACGGGCUGCAGAGCCCCUCAGUUUGGGUUUGACUGGUUGCUCUCUCAUCGGUGGAACAUCGGGCAGGAGCACUUCAUAGCGGGUCAGUUUGUCCCGCUGUUGAUGUGAGGCAGUCAUUUCAUUUAGGUUUUACCCGUCAGAUUGUUCCAUGUAAAUGUACUUUUUCCUUUUGUAAUGAGUAGGUGGUUUAUGGAGUGAUAAGUUUGAGACAAGAUUCUUUCCUCCAACUGACUUCCACUGGCUUUAACAUCUGUUGAGGAUUCUGAAGCAGUUAUCAGUGCAUUACUGUAAAGCAAAUGCAGAUAUAAAAUUUCACCUGUAAAUAUUUCAUAUGUGUCUAAAAGAUAAGGCCUUUUGAAAAAGACAGCCAUAGUGCCUUUAUGCAACCCUUAACGUCUAGUCCAAGUUCAGAUUCCCUGAUUGUCUCCAUUGUUUCUCCAUGGUUUAAUGGAAUCUGAGCCCAAACAAGGUCAAGACCAGUGGUCGGCAAACUGCGGCUCGCGAGCCACAUGUGGCUCUUUGGCCCCUUGAGUGUGGCUCUUCCUAAGCCUUAGGAGUACCCUAAUUAAGUUAAUAACAAUGUACCGACCUAUAUAGUUUAAGUUUAAAAAAUUUGGCUCUCCAAAGAAAUUUCAAUCCUUGUACUGUUGAUAUUUGGCUCUGUUGAUUAAUGAGUUUGCCGACCACUGGUCUAGACCAAUGGCUUCUUAAGUGUUUUACUCUGGCAGUCAUGUGCCAGGUAAGGAUGUCUCUGUCGAUGACAGACUGUAUACAUGGCAGUGGUACACUAGACAGUCCAGGUGUGUAGUGGGCAGUGCCAGCUAGGAGUGUCUCUGUGGUGAUUGCACAAAGACACAGUGCCUUUCUCAGAAUCUCUCCUGCCUUUAAGUGGCAUAUGACUGGAAUGGCGCCCCCUCCCUUCUCAUUUUCUGAGUUUGGUUAGUCGUUUGCUGGUGAUUUACUGUUCUGGGUAUUUCCUGUAAUAGUAGGUAGAAGAAGUUGAUUAGAUUCAGGUUGCUUUGUUUUGCAAGAGUUCAUGAGUGUUCCUGGGUACAGCCUCCCAUCAGGGUGCGGAUGUCCGCCUUUAAGAGAGAAGGUUCGUUCUCGGUGGUGCAGGCACUUCACCCAUCCCUGCUGAAGCCCCCCUCAGCCUUUCACGGAAGGGCUCGGCACCUGUUGUAAUCAUUGCCUGGGUUCAGCAUCUGGUAGGGUGCAAAGGGUGAUUUUCUAAUUGCAGCAUUCCUUCUGUAUUGAUUGGCCAGUUUUUCUGACUUGUGUUUAUUUCAACUUUUUAAUGUGUAUCUUUCUGGAAAGUGUUGAAAGGAUGUUCCUCAUCUUUACUUCACAGAGCAUGUUUCUGGAUUCCCUUAGUGACCCUGUAAUAUGUCCUCAAUUUUAUCAUCUGUAAAUUGGUAUUAGUUACCAUGCCUACGUCCUGGGUUUUUGCGAGGCUGAGAUGAGCUGAUUGAUACAUGUAGUGUAAAAACGGUGCCUGGCACUAAUGUUGGUAAAUACAGUUAUUAAAGUAACUUUCUGUCUCGUGGGGAACAUUUAACUUCACUCUCAUGGGGAGGUGGAGAAGGGGGGGUUCUUCCUAGGCGACGCCAGCAGAGCACUGGGACUGUCUGGAGGGAGCACCGACCUGUCCUGACCGUGGAAAUGACCAUGGACAGAACGCACUGCGCGAGGAGGCCUGCGCUGUCCCUGCACUGAGGUGGACGUGACACUCGCAGUGGUGACAUUGGAUCACGCUUGGAAGUGGAGUUAGGACACCAAAGGGAAGUGGGCCCGCCUGACGGGGUGGUCGGGAUGGACGAUGGCGUCAGGCCGGACUUGACUGCAUCUCGGCCCAGGAGAUGUUUAUCUGAACAAGGGCCGUGACCUGCCUCGUAGGCUCCACACGCCCUUCCCAGGGCUGGUGGACGUGCUGAGCCCUCGGUGGGGGGAGAUGCCCUCUUCCUGGGCCUGCGGCCUGCCCCCUCUUACUGUUGACUGAGAAGCCCACUGUGCGUGGUAGUGGAGGGUGUUGGAAGUUCAGCACUGUCCCGUCAGGUACUUCGUCGUUAGCAUUUGAUUCACCUAUUGAACAAGCAUUUGAGCACCGGCGGUGUGCACGAGUGUUCCUGACGCAGCCACGUCGGCGAACAACACAGACAAGAACCUGCCCUCGGGAGUUCGCAUUCUGGUACUGAGGAGACAGCACAGUGAGUUUUCCAGUCAGUUAGAUGGUGUUGAGUGCUAUGGAAAAACAAAGCAGGAGAAGGAGGAAUUGGGACGGUUAGGGAAGGUACUUUUGAGCAAAGAUUUAAAUGAGAGGAGCAAGUCUGGUAAAUCUGGGAGUGGACUUUGCAUAGGAAACAAACAGCCUGUGUCAAGGCCCUGAGGUGUGUUUGGUACUGUGUCCACGGUGACAGAGGUGACAGCUCGCAGUGUCAGUUAAUGCCUGUAGUGGGCCAGGGCCAAGCCUUUGGGUGCAGGUUAAGAGGCUGGGCAGUUAGAACUGGAUGAGGUGGGAUGUGAUUGGACCAGCGUGCUAGCAAUUGAGCUGAUAAGUGGUCUGAUUCUGGAUAUUUUGGGGGGUAGAGUCAACAGGCUAAGUAAGGAUUGAUGUGUGUGGGUGAGAGAAGGUGAGCAGGCUGUUCAAGGACAAUUGAUACUUUGGCUGGAGCAACAGUGAGGAUGGAGUUGCCAUUCUCUGAGAUGAGGAGGACUGAGAGUAGAACAGGUUUAAGGGGUGGAGGUGAAAUUAUUUCUACUCCCAAAUGAAAGGAUAGGUGGUCGCAAAUACUUCAUGCAGUAAGAACAGUGGUCCAUAGGUUUUACUAUGAGAACUCUUAGAUCUGUGGACCACACGCGCCAGUUCUUCAACCUCGUGUCUUAAGGACGUGGGAGUGGGCAGUGAAGGAGGACUGGCUUGGGUGGGUUCACAGAGCUCAUGGAAACAGCCAGGAGUCGAAGAGACUUUGGGACUUGUUUUUUCACUAAGAGAGAAUGAAGGCCGAAGUCUUGGGCUUGAAUAGUGAGAACCUGGAGACGCCUGGUCUUAGAGCUGACUCAUCAAGGUUCUCUGGUCUUCGGAUUUACUUACCUAGGAAGCCUGGACCGGGACUUCUUUUUAUUUUGAGUCUCUUUACUUUCCUGCAUUCACACAUCCAUCUACGCAUGAUCACACACAAACGCCCUCGUUCAGUUUUGCCCUGUGUGCUGUUGGUAAUCUUUUUAGUUAACUGUGCUUUUCAUUGAAGGUAGGCUUGUGUGGUGACGGCGGGCAGAAGCUAUUUAGACAGACGCAGUGCCACUGAUGUCGUGAACGCAGACACCUGCACCCUGGCUUCAUGGGUUCAGUCUUCUCAUCUGUAAAAUGAUCAGCAUAACAUACUAUGCCCUGAAGUUAUGAGGACUAAGGUGAUGCUCACAGCACUAGGCCCAGUGCCUGCAAGGUGUCGGCUUAGGUCAGGAAGUCUCGGGUUUUAAUUUUUCAUGUCCAUUAUUUAUGACAUCUUUGAUAACCGCUUUUUCAUGGGGGAAUAGUGCUGAUCCUCUUGAAUUCUUCCCAUUAGGAGUUAACGUAGCUGUUCAGACGUUGGGGCCAUGGGAUACGCUGUCAGUGUGCUGUUGCUCUGACAUUUCAUCUCUCAAAAAAGUAGGUUAUUGGAGUUUGCUCCACAUUCGUGAUCCGUUAUCAUCCGCAAGGAGCUUCAGAGUUGGCCCCAUAUACGGCCCUCUGGCCUUCUUUCUCUGAGACUUCUUUAAAAAACAACAACAAGCCAGCACUGUAAGCCAGGCUUCUAGUCAAUAGAAGCAGGUUGAAUGAGAUGUCUUGGAGAAUGUGUAUAUGUGUAUGAAAUGAUAAAUGUGGUGGUUUAUGAACUUUUGUAGGUGAAUAUUUUAUUUGAAGAAAUGGUUUACUUGGGAUGGGGACUAGAAAUCCUGAGGAUUUAGUUUGACUUUCCCUGAGUUCCUGAAGGGUUUCUUAGAUUUCUUGGGUUCUCUUUAACAACUGGAAGAGCUGAGGUUGUAGGUGUAAUAAAAAUGUUUUUUCAAAGAGAUGUAAGGGCAGACUCUUCAAUUGUUUUAGGGACUUACAUCAUACGGUUUCAUAUUGUCCUCAGCUGCAUUUGUGAUUUGAAAUUGGCUGGACUGAUACCAGUUGCAUUAGGGGCGCUCAUUUUGCUUUAGUGUCACUCAUGACCCACGUCAUGUCACAGUGAGCCGAGGGUGAGGAGAGCCUCGUUGAGCAUGUUCAUGCCCAUUCCACGCACCAUUAAUCUGCUUCACCAGCAGAACUUGCUUUUCUGCGGCCUCAAAUCAAGAUGACAAAAGGGAAGCAAAGGGUCUGUAAGUAGAAUUCUGUAUCAGUUUAAUUUUUUUUGCUGUUUUACUUGAAUAAAUUGACUUAAAUGGGAACUAAUAGUUGAUGAGUGGUUGGGAGCCUCUUCAAAAUAUUUGUGAGAGAACUGUAUAUUUCAUAUAUUAUUUUAUCUAGUUCUUUUUUUUUAUCUAUAAUGAGGAUCCUAGCAUGCCUGGUGUGCGGUUGACAGUUUAAUUUGAAAGAAGCCGAUGAUCAUCACUAAUAGUUUUUACAAGUGGAAGGUAAAGUGACUUUCAUUGAGCACCUGCCUGUGGCACUGGGCAGUAUUCUGUGCUGUUUACAUGUUAUUCCUUAUUAAACCAUCAGGAGCGAGGUAGUGGUUUUAUUUCACAGGUGAGACGGUUGAGGCUCAUAAAGUCAGGAAAUGACAGAGCGCGGACCCCUGCCCAGGGCUCACCUGCUCUCUCGCCCAGGCCGCUACUCAUGUCAGCUUUCGGAGGUGCUCACAGCCCUUCAAGGAGUCGCUGGUGAAGUGGGUAUUGUCAUUGGAUCAGAAGAUGAACAGGACUCGGCAAGCCUGUUUUCCACGGCGCUGGGCUGGACCUGCUCACAUUGUCUCUGGGGCUGGUACAGUAGGCUUCACUAGACUUAGCUGCAACUCAGAAUUCUCCUCCCGCACCUGGGCAAAUGCUGACGGUCUGUGAGAGUGGAUUAAGAGUACGAGCUAAGUUCUCAAUCCCAAUUAAGAAGCAGAGGAAAAUUUAAACUGUCUCCUUCCGAGUUUAUCACACCACCACCAUCAAGACAGCAAACCAAAGGACAAAGACUGCCUGCUCUGUGGCCCUGUAGUCCAGCUCCCGUACGGCUUACAGCCCUGGCUGUGUUACUAAUGCGUAAAUAACAAGUCGGACACUUCCGUUGUUGGACACCGUUAUUCACAAAGUGACCAACAUGCGGGCUGUGCUGGAGACGGCAGACAUUGCCGUGGUGGCCCUCUACUUUGUCCUGGUCCUGGGCAUUGGCUUCUUUGCCAUGUGGAAGUCUAACAGGAGCACCGUGAGCGGAUACUUCCUGGCCGGGCGCUCGAUGACCUGGGUAGCGAUUGGGGCCUCUCUGUUUGUGAGCAACAUUGGGAGUGAGCACUUCAUUGGGCUGGCGGGAUCUGGAGCGGCCAGUGGAUUUGCAGUCGGUGCGUGGGAGUUCAAUGCCUUACUGCUGCUGCAGCUUCUGGGAUGGGUUUUCGUCCCGAUUUACAUCCGGUCGGGGGUGUACACCAUGCCUGAGUACUUGUCCAAGCGCUUUGGUGGCCAUAGGAUUCAGGUCUAUUUUGCAGCCUUGUCUCUGAUUCUCUAUAUCUUCACCAAGCUCUCAGUGGAUCUGUAUUCAGGCGCCCUCUUUAUCCAAGAGUCUUUGGGUUGGAACCUGUAUGUGUCUGUCAUCCUGCUCAUUGGCAUGACUGCCUUGCUGACUGUCACCGGAGGCCUUGUUGCGGUGAUCUACACAGACACUCUCCAGGCACUGCUCAUGAUCGUUGGGGCCCUCACGCUUAUGGUUUUUAGCAUGAUGGAGGUUGGCGGGUUUGAGGAAGUUAAGAGAAGGUACAUGUUGGCCUCACCCAAUGUCACUUCCAUCUUGUUGACAUACAACCUUUCCAACACCAAUUCUUGUAAAGUCCACCCUAAGAAAAAUGCACUGAAAAUGUUGCGGAGUGCGACAGAUGAAGAUGUGCCUUGGCCUGGAUUCCUUCUCGGGCAGACCCCAGCCUCCGUGUGGUACUGGUGCGCCGACCAGGUCAUCGUGCAGAGGGUACUGGCAGCUAAAAACAUUUCGCACGCCAAAGGCUCCACUCUGAUGGCUGGCUUCUUGAAGCUUCUGCCCAUGUUCAUCAUUGUGGUCCCAGGCAUGAUCUCCAGGAUACUGUUUGCGGAUGACAUAGCUUGCAUCAACCCGGAGCACUGCAUGCAGGUGUGCGGCAGCAGAGCCGGGUGCUCUAACAUCGCGUACCCGCGCCUGGUCAUGAAGCUGGUCCCCGUGGGCCUCCGGGGCCUGAUGAUGGCGGUGAUGAUCGCGGCUCUGAUGAGUGACUUGGACUCGAUCUUUAACAGCGCCAGCACCAUAUUCACCCUGGAUGUGUACAAACUCAUCCGAAAGAACGCCAGCUCCCGGGAACUCAUGAUCGUGGGGAGGGUAUUUGUGGCUUUCAUGGUGGUGAUCAGCAUCGCGUGGGUGCCAAUCAUCGUGGAGAUGCAAGGAGGCCAGAUGUACCUUUACAUUCAGGAGGUGGCAGAUUACCUGACGCCCCCCGUGGCGGCCCUGUUCCUUCUGGCAAUUUUCUGGAAGCGCUGCAAUGAGCAAGGGGCUUUCUAUGGUGGAGUGGCUGGCUUUGUUCUCGGAGCAGUGCGCUUAAUACUAGCCUUCACCUACCGGGCCCCGGAAUGUGACCAGCCCGAUAACAGGCCUGGCUUCAUCAAAGACAUUCAUUACAUGUACGUGGCCACCGCGUUGUUUUGGGUCACUGGACUCAUUACUGUAAUUGUUAGCCUCCUCACGGCACCCCCCACGAAGGAACAAAUCCGUACCACCACCUUUUGGUCUAAGAAGAGCGUGGUGGUGGAGGAGAGCUGCUCCCCGAAAGACGAACCAUACAAAAUGCAGGAGAAGAGCAUCCUGAGAUGCAGUGAGAACAGUGAGCCCAUCAACCACAUUAUUCCCAAUGGGAAGUCUGAAGACAGCAUUAAGGGCCUUCAGCCUGAAGAUGUUAACCUCUUGGGGACCUGCAGGGAGGAGGGCAACCCUGCGGCUUCCUUAGGUCAUUCAGAGGCAGAAACACCGGUAGACGCUUAUUCCAAUGGGCAAGCAGCACUCAUGGGUGAAAAAGAGAGAAAGAAAGAAGCAGAGGAUGGAGGCCGCUGCUGCAAGUUAAUAGAUUGGUUCUGUGGCUUUAAAAGUCAGAGCCUCAGCAAGAGGAGUCUCAGAGACCUGAUGGAGGAGGAGGCGGUCUGUUUACAGAUGCUGGAAGAGCCUCCACAUGUUAAACUAAUACUAGACAUUGGACUUUUUGCGGUGUGUUCACUUGGAAUUUUCAUGUUUGUUUAUUUUUCCUUAUGAACUUUUAAGGAUAUGGUGAGACAGUAACUUAAGAAAAUACUGGUCUUUGGAAAAAAAAAACUUACAUAACUGUUGCAUCUUUCAGGCAUUGUUUACGCUGUAGGUUUUAGCCAAAUUUUACUCAGCAGAACAUCAUCUAUUUGCAAGACUUUAUUUUCCCAGAGACGGCUGAAAGUAAACUUUCAAUGUAAAUGAAGCAAAGCUUGUUUAAUAGACUGAAUUGUGCAAAUGUGGUUUAAAAUUUUUCAUACCAAAGUAAGACCAAUUAUUCUCACAGAACACGUAGAGCAGAUAUAAGCUGUCAGGAGAAAGUGAACUGUCUGCACUGCCAGGUCCUGGUAGAUUUUAGCCUGAAGUAGAAGACUUGCUCAUUUCAGAGCUUUUUCCUGCCUCUGUAAUCCCUCCUACCAUUUUAAAAAAAAAAUUUGCACUUGUA